GCACUGCUGGUGGGAAUGCAAAAUGGUACAGCUGCUGUGGAAAACAGUGUGGUGGUUCCUAUAGAAUUGCUGUUUGAUCCAGUAAUUCCACUUUUGAGUGUAUACCCAAAAGAGCUGAAGGGACUCCAACAAAUAUUUAUACAACCGUGUGCAUGGAAGAAUAGCCAGAAGCUAGAAACAAACCAAACGUCUAUUAACAGAUGCAUAAACAAAAUGUAGUAUAUACACACAAUGGAGUAUUAUUUAGUCUUAACAAGGAAGUAAAUUCUGAGUGCAUGCUUCUACAUGGCUAAAUCUUGAAGACAUGCUAAGUGAAAUAAGUCAGACACAAAAGGACAUAUAUGAUUCCACUUAUUGUAGCUACAUAGAAUAACCACAUAUAUAAUGGAGACAGAAAGCAAAAUGGUCACUACCAGGAUCUAGCUGGAGGAAAGAAUGGGAAGUUAUUGUUUAAUAGUUACAGUGUUGCAGUGUGGGAUGAUGAAAAAGUUCUGGAUUCUACCAGUAGGUGGCUUUUAUUCCUCCUAGGGGGCCCUCCCUGCCUACAUUUUGGCUUUGUCUUCCUUUGCUCAUAAUGUCCUUGUCCCUGCUCCCCACAUGCCUCAUCUGUAGUUCCUAGCACUUUCUUCUUCCCUUGAUUCCAACCCAUUCUCCAAGACCAAGUUGCCACGCCCUGUCUUAGAAAACCCUUUCUAAUCUCUAUUCCAGUGUGUCCUCCAUUUGGAAAUAGUGCUAAGAAAAUUAAAAGAAUAAAACUGGGCAGGGGCAUGAGAAUAGGAUGCAAAGAUGAAUUUUUGGACUGAGUGGCCAAGAAGCUGCAUGGUGAGCACUCACAGUCUAAGGCUGGAAGUUUAAUGAACUGUUUUCUACAUUUCACAGGUAAGAAAACUGGGAUACUAGUUGGUGGCAGAGGUGGGUCUGAAACCCAGGCACCAUGAUUCCAGGGCUUCACUACUCUCUGCUUGUGACCAUCAGGCCCAAGAAAGCCAAGCCAUAGGAUUUUGAGGAAUUACUGAGUUAUAGUGGACUAUUUGAUCUUCUAAAUUCUUAAAACUCAGAAAAUCUGUUAUCCUUUAUUGUUGCUUACAUUUUAUAUGUUGCUUGCUCUUCUGUCUGCCUAGAUUUAAAGUUCCCAAAAUGUAGGGACUCCAUUUUGUGCACAUAUACCCUGUAUGGCCCCCCAGGACCUUGACUGUAUGGGUUCACAAAUGCCACUGGCUGGGUAGAGACAGGGAUUUGAAAGUCUUAGAACACAUAGCACCAGGGUCACUGUCAAAGGCAGAGAUCUUGAUAUCUCACCUGCCUCGCCCAGGGCAGCCUUCUCCCUGCCCCUCACCCUGCCAUGGGCAAGGCUGGCUUCUGAGUGAGCAGGGCUUAGUUUUGUGUUACAGGCACACAUGGCAUUCAGGGAUGUGGCUGUGGAUUUCACCCAGGAUGAGUGGAGGCUGCUGAGCCCUGCUCAAAGGACUCUGUACAGAGAGGUGAUGCUGGAGAACUACAGCAACCUGGUCUCACUGGGAAUUUCAUUUUCUAAACCAGAACUCAUCACCCAGCUGGAGCAAGGGAAAGAGACCUGGAGAGAGGAGAAAAAAUGUUCACCGGCAACGUGUCCAGCAGAUCCAGAGCCAGAGCUCUACCUCGAUCCUUUCUGCCCUCCGGGUUUCUCCAGUAAGAAAUUCCCCAUGCAGCAUGUGCUGUGUAAUCAUCCCCCCUGGAUCUUCACAUGCUUGUGUGCAGAAGGUAACAUCCAGCCUAGGGAUCCGGGCCCAGGGGACCAGGAGAAGCAGCAACAAGCCUCUGAGGGGAGACCCUGGAGUGAUCAAGCAGAAGGUCCCGAGGGAGAAGGUGCCAUGCCUUUGUUUGGAAGAACAAAGAAAAGGACUCUGGGAGCGUUCUCCAGGCCACCCCAGAGGCAGCCAGUCAGCUCUCAGAACAGCCUCAGAGGGGUGGAGUUAGAAGCCAGCCCAGCUCAGACAGGGACCCCUGAGGAAACAGACAAAUUGUUGAAGAGGAUAGAAGUCUUAGGAUUUGGAACAGUCAACUGUGGAGAGUGUGGACUUAGCUUCAGCAAGAUGACAAACCUGCUCAGUCACCAGCGGAUACACUCAGGGGAGAAACCCUAUGUGUGUGGGGUAUGUGAGAAGGGCUUCAGCCUAAAGAAGAGCCUCGCCAGACACCAGAAGGCACACUCGGGGGAGAAGCCGAUUGUGUGCAGGGAGUGUGGACGAGGCUUUAACCGGAAGUCAACGCUAAUCAUACACGAGCGGACACACUCCGGUGAGAAACCUUACAUGUGCAGUGAGUGUGGGCGAGGCUUCAGCCAGAAGUCAAACCUCAUCAUACACCAGAGGACACACUCGGGGGAAAAGCCUUACGUGUGCCGGGAAUGCGGCAAAGGCUUCAGCCAGAAGUCAGCUGUCGUGAGACACCAGAGGACACACUUGGAGGAGAAGACCAUCGUGUGCAGUGACUGCGGCCUGGGCUUCAGCGACAGGUCAAACCUCAUCUCCCACCAGAGGACGCACUCUGGGGAGAAGCCCUACGCCUGCAAGGAGUGUGGGCGAUGCUUCAGGCAGAGGACCACCCUUGUCAACCACCAGAGGACACACUCAAAGGAGAAGCCCUAUGUGUGCGGGGUGUGUGGACACAGCUUCAGCCAGAAUUCAACCCUCAUUUCUCACAGGCGGACGCACACCGGGGAGAAGCCGUAUGUGUGUGGGGUGUGUGGGCGAGGCUUUAGUCUCAAGUCACACCUCAACAGACACCAGAACAUACACUCAGGGGAGAAGCCCAUUGUGUGCAAGGACUGUGGCCGGGGCUUCAGCCAGCAAUCCAACCUCAUCAGACACCAGAGGACGCACUCGGGGGAGAAGCCCAUGGUGUGUGGGGAGUGCGGGCGAGGCUUCAGCCAGAAGUCAAACCUUGUUGCACACCAGAGGACGCACUCAGGGGAGAGGCCGUAUGUGUGCCGGGAGUGCGGGCGAGGCUUUAGCCACCAGGCCGGUCUCAUCAGGCACAAGCGGAAGCACUUGAGGGAGAAGCCCUACGCGUGCAGGCAGUGUGGACUGGGCUUUGGCAAUAAGUCAGCUCUAAUCACACACAAGCGGGCUCACUCAGAAGAGAAGCCUUGUGUGUGCAGAGAGUGUGGCCAAGGCUUUCUCCAAAAGUCACACCUCACCUUACAUCAAAUGACACAUAAGGGGGAGAAGCCGUAUGUGUGCAAGACGUGUGGGCAGGGCUUCAGCCUCAAGUCUCACCUCAGCAGACACAGGAAGACCAAGUCUGUCCACCACAGACUGCCACUGCAGCCCGACCCUGGGCCGUCUGCAGGGCAACCUUCCAAUUCCUUAUACUCUCUCUGAAGGCAGAGAUAGGGACAAGGACUAAGAGUCAGAAUGUUGACACUUUGAUGAAAUGGAGUAGAGAAAUGCAUUCUGUAAGUGGUCAUAGGACAUUUGACUGUUUACUUUCUCCACACUAAGUCUUCUCCAUGUUUUGUGGCCUUCCGUUGUAAUAAACUUGGCUUCUUUAUACAUCUGUAA